AUGACCGCGAAAGACGUAAGGGGUGUCUACCAUGAACGAGACUGCCCUCUUGCGCUGUAUACCAUCCAGAAAUAUUGCCUUGAACCAAAUACGUCCGCUGUGACCCCGGGAAGGCCAGAGCUGUGCAACAGCAAUUAUAACGAGUACCUGAUUAAUGAGUCAAUUUCCUGGGGAUCUCCAGGAGAUAAGCUCAGGGACGAGCACCAAGAAGGACUUAUCGUAGUGGAAGCAAAGUGGAAGAGAUGUAUUUUUCUUCUGUGUCACUAUCAGAUAUCACAUGGCUUUUUGAUCACCGACGUCUCCUUUCCUACAGAAUCCCUGGCUGAGCCGGAAAUGAAGAGGGAAGGCUGCAUUCGCUGUAGACAUACAGGUGGCCCCACGAACAAGGCGAAUAGAAGUGCAGAUAGCUGUAUGAAAAUGACGAAAAGCCUACUAAUGAAUCUAAAGAAGACUUGCCUCCACUCUAUCAAACGUCAGCUCAGUAAAUUGCAACCCCUCAUGGUACUACUCACAGUCAACCCCAUCACUGACGGGUAUUUAUUAUCCGCGAGGAACGGCCAAUGUUGCAAUGUUCGAAGACGCCGUUGUUCGAUAGGCGCAAUUGCACUGCAAACAGGAGCAUCCGUGCUUAACAACGGUUGGUACUCCCUCAGUCACGCAUACGGCUUCGAUGUAUGGGGUAACCAGAAAGGGUCUGCUGCGCUCGCCCAGUUCACCUCACGGGCUUAUGAAAAUGAAACCCUUCCUUGCAAUUGCAUGACGUCGGGAGUGCCAUAUGGGGUUGAGCGAAGUAGAGCUAGUAAAUGUGAUCUAUGA